CCUAAAACAUGGCAUCCUUAAAACAAGUUCCAUCAUCAUCAGACAUAUCAUUAUUAUUACUACCUUUGUUGCUGAUUUCUGUGUUUAUUACACCAUCCCAUGCUGCUGGAAUUGCAGUGUAUUGGGGCCAACACACCAAUGAAGGUUCCCUUUCAGAUACAUGCAACACCGGUAACUACAAAUUUGUGAACAUAGCUUUCUUAUCCAAAUUUGGCAACUCCCAAAACCCACAGCUCAAUCUUGCUGGCCACUGCAAUCCCGCAAACAACGGUUGCGCGAAACUAAGCAACGAAAUCAAGACUUGCCAAAGAAAAGGAAUCAAGGUGUUCCUCUCUCUUGGAGGUGGCACUUCGGGUUACUCUCUCAAUUCAGCAGAUGAAGGCAGAAAUCUUGCAACCUAUCUUUGGAAUCAUUUUCUUGGAGGAUCACCAUCCUCAAAUUCAAGACCUUUAGGUAAUGCUGUGUUGGAUGGAAUCGAUUUCGACAUUGAAACCGGCGGGGUUGAGUACUAUGACGUGCUCGCCAAGGCACUCAAUUCUCAUAGCCAGCACAAUAAGGUGUUUCUUUCUGCCGCACCGCAGUGUCCCUUCCCUGAUAAACAUUUGGAUGCUGCCAUCAAAACUGGUCUGUUCGAUUAUGUCUGGGUUCAGUUCUACAACAAUGGUGAGUGCCAGUAUUCUAAUGGAAACACUAAUAGUCUUGUUAAUGCAUGGAACAAGUGGAGUUCAAGUCAAGCUAAGCAAGUGUUCUUAGGAGUGCCGGGUUCUCAGGCCGCCGCUAGUAGCGGUUAUAUUCCUCCUAAUGUGCUCACUUCUAAGGUUCUUCCUGCUAUCAAGAAAUCUAAGAAGUACGGUGGAGUGAUGGUUUGGGACAGAUCUUUUGAUGUUCAAAACCAUUACAGUGAUGCCAUUAAGGGGAGUGUGUAAUUAAUUAGUUAUAUAAUACAUUAUUAUCAUCUGUAUAACUAGGAAUAAUAUUAAUAAUUAAGUAGCACGUUCAGUGUAUGUAGGUGUUACUCGUUACUACACAUGUUUUGUGCUACCUGAACAGUUUCGUGUGUUUGUAUCAGUGUAUUUAUGUAAUAACGAUAUAAAUAUUCGAGAAUAAAUAAGACGCUUGAGGAAUUCCGUUAGUUCGUUAUA